CAUACAUUCAGCUAGGCGUCUGAAUUUCUGAUGGGGAAGCUAGGGUGCUAUGCAGGCGCGACCAUGGCCCCUGACGGAUGGGCCCCAUUGUCUAUCAUUAUUACUGUGUAUUAUUAUUAUCGUUAUUAUUAUUUAGUCCAUGUUCGUCCCAUCGUAAUCACGUUUAGCCCAAACCAUCACUUUCUCCGCAGUCAUCCGUCGUUUUCACUAAAUUGUGGACGUUGCUUUUUGCUUUCUCUUGGCCCCAUCACUCACACUGCAGGAAAGGCAAGGGGCCAAGAAAACACCACAAUUAAAGAAGUCCAGCUAGUCUACUAAAUAGAUACAUUAAUACCCAUAAAGCAGCCAACCUAAACCUUGCAAGUGGCUUAGGACGGUAAGACCGGCGCGUUGGGGGAUUGUGUCCUACUAAGAGGUUUUACUUUUAGUCCUGAUAUCACGAGCCGAAGCCCUUGACUCAUGUUGUAGUAUCACUCCUAACGCCUUUCGUAAUUGAUCCGUGGCGCCAUAAUGAUAGCGUGUGAACAGAGACACCUUAUAUUGAG